CCGGCGGAGGCGAGACAGGUGCCCACCCCUGACGGAAAGGAGAGCGCAGGAGGGGCGCCCCCUGCGAAAACGAGAGCGCGUGGACAGACCGCGUCCCCGGGCAGUGAGCCCCUCGCCACCCUGGCGAGUACAGAAGUGAGCGUGGGAGGAACGCAUUGAUGAGAAUAAUUGUGGUUUAACAGCCCGUCGCACCAAGAAGAUCAUCUUGCCUUCCGGCAGACCUGCCUGGGCGCACCUGCUUUUGCCUCUUCUGCUUCCGCGGAGGAAGAUACACACGGAGUGGCUUCCUGAAGAUCGACUUCUACUUUCUAGCAGCCUACCUCCGUGAUAAAAAAGUUUCAAGCCAAAUACUGAAGAGAUGUCAGAAGAUUCAGAAAAGGAAGACUAUUCAGACAGAACAAUCAGUGAUGAAGCUGAAUCAGACGAGGAGACUUUUGUGAAUCUUGUAAGUGAAGAUCUCCACCGGUGCGCACUUUUAACAGGUAACUCCAUUAAUGCCCCGUCUUUCCCCCGGACUACACAGAUGCUUUUGGAAUAUCAGCUAGGGAGAUGGGUACCACGUCUUCGUGAACCACGAGAUUUAUAUGGUUGCUCUUCUUCCGGUCCACUGAGCCAAACACGGUGGCCAUACCACUGUGAGGUCAUUGAUGAAAAAGUCCAGCAUAUUGAUUGGACUCCUUGUUCUGAGCCAGUGUACAUCCCAACAGGUCUGGAGAUGGGACCCCUUUAUCCAAACUCCAAGGAAGGUACUGUCGUUUAUCUAGCUGAAGAUGCUUACAAAGAGCCCUGUUUUGUGUAUUCCCGCAUUGGGGGCAACCGCACCCCCCUGAAGCAGCCUGUGGAUAAUUGUGACAGUACUUUGAUGUUUGAAGCCAGGUUUGAGAGUGGUAAUCUGCAGAAGGUGGUCAAAGUGGCAGAAUGUGAAUACCAGCUGACUGUGCGUCCCGAUCUCUUCACAAAUAAGCACACUCAGUGGUACUAUUUCCAAGUCACUAAUACCCGAGUAGGAAUUGUCUACAGAUUCACUAUUAUCAAUUUCACCAAGCCUGCUAGUCUUUACAAUCGGGGUAUGCGCCCCCUGUUUUAUUCUGAAAAAGAGGCGAAGUCUCGUAAUAUUGGCUGGCAGAGAAGAGGCGACCAAAUCAAGUAUUACAGGAACAACCCUGGGCAAGACGGGCGCCACUAUUUCUCUCUUACGUGGACAUUUCAAUUUCCACACAACAAGGAUACCUGCUACUUUGCUCACUGCUAUCCAUACACUUACACCGACCUGCAAGAAUACCUUUCUGCCAUCAAUAAUGACCCAGUGCGAUCCAAGUUCUGUAAAAUACGCGUCUUGUGCCACACGAUUGCUAGGAAUAUGGUGUAUGUUUUAACGAUCACCACCCCCUUGAAGAAUGCUGACUCCAGAAAGCAAAAGGCCGUGAUUUUGACUGCGAGGGUACACCCAGGAGAAACCAACAGUUCUUGGAUCAUGAAAGGCUUCCUAGAUUUUCUCUUAGGAGACUCAAGCGAUGCACAGUUGCUUCGGGACACUUUCGUUUUCAAGGUGGUACCCAUGCUAAAUCCAGAUGGUGUGAUUGUAGGAAACUACCGGUGUUCCUUAGCUGGACAGGAUUUAAACCGUAACUAUACAUCUGUUCUGAAGGAGUUAUUUCCUUCUGUUUGGUACACCCGGAACAUGAUCCGUAGAUUGAUGGAGAAACGGGAGGUUAUCUUAUAUUGUGACUUUCAUGGCCAUAGUAGAAAAGAGAACAUCUUCAUGUAUGGCUGUGGUGGUAGUGAUAGAUGUAAAGCCUUCUACUUACAGCAACGAAUCUUUCCACUUAUGCUGAGCAAAAAUUGUCCAGAUAAAUUUUCGUUCUCAGCUUGCAAGUUUAAUGUUCGGAAGAGUAAAGAGGGAACAGGAAGGGUGGUGAUGUGGAAAAUGGGAAUCAGGAACAGCUUUACCAUGGAGGCCACCUUCUGUGGAUCGACUCUGGGUAAGAAACAAGGUACUCAUUUCAACACAAAAGACUUGGAGUCAAUGGGAUAUCAUUUUUGUGAUUCUCUCUUGGACUAUUGUGAUCCAGACCGAACCAAGUAUUAUCAAUGCCUAAAAGAGUUAGAAGAAAUGCAAAAACAGGUAAACUUGGAGAAAGUCCUUGAUGACUCAAAUACUUCUCUGAAAGAAAUUACAUUGGAUUCAGAGUCUAGUAGCCAAGGCUCCGACAGUUCAGAAUCCAAUGACUCUCAGACUUAUUUUCCCAAGUUAACUUCGCAGGUACCUCAGAUAAUUCUGACGUUGGUGAUCCGCAGACCACACUUUGCGACUCAGCCCUUCGGGAGCUGUCAGAAAACACCUGGACGAGACCCUCCUUGGAUUCUAAAAAGAUGUUUAAGCUCCCAAAGUGUGAUUCAGAAGCUUAGCAAAGACCAACCAAGACAUUUUUUAAAAACCAGUAAGAGACCAAUCCAGGGAAUAAUUCAGCCCACCAGCACUGAUUUCUAUGGAAACUGCUUCAAAGUGACACCCUUGAAGUGUGCUAUGAGCAAACGAACUCCCGAUUGGACUGAGAAGACACAGAUACCAACAGAAGAUCUGCAUCACAACCUAAAAAGCAAAAUGAAAGAAUGUACAUCUUUCCAAAGGAAGAAGACUGGUGUAAAUUGGACAGAUGAUGAGAAAAGAAUCUACAGGAAUAAAAGAAUGGUGCAAACUGCAGAAAUAUUGCAGUAUGUCCUCCCUAUCAUGGAAAGUACUAAAAACUUGCCAACCAAUCAGAUAAAACAGAUAUUCAAUCCAAGAACCAACUUCCAAAUCCAGCAUCAACUCCAUCCAGCUACUUAUGGAAACAUAAAGACAUACAGGACAUCUUGGGCACCACCCACCCAUCCCCCUCUUAGAAGCCAAAGGAAUCUAAUGGUAAGCUCUUCAGAAUGGUGCAAGUCUGUGUCCCAGAGGUCAUUUGAAAGUUUGUCACUGCCCAAAGGACACAAGAAGAGGAAAAACUGUUCUCGAAUCGAAGCCUUAAAGACUAAAGACAUGAAACCUGUCAGCAGCAAAUGGGAAAGUGCCUCCUCCUGUUUUAAAAAGGAUGUGAAUAUUAUCAAAGGCAAGAGUCUUCAAGCCAAAGAAUCCAAACAGCAAAGCUCUACGCACACAGCCUUCCCGUCUAACUAAAAAUAAGGAUGAGCAACCAAAUAGGAAUGAUGGACAAUCCCCCUUCCAUUCGAAGUUCCAAAGGCAGAAAUAAUCUACCUUGAUGCCGCUCUGAAAACUGUAGAUAAAACAUGACCUAUACUUACUUACAUAUUAAAAAGAAAAAGAGAAGCCUUCCCCAGCCCUCUCUAUUUCUCCCUUUAUAUAUCAAUUUGCAUAUACUAAACUACAAAUUCUAAAUCCCCCACCUUCAGUAGCAGCACCUUUCAGAGAGAUUAAAAAAAAAAAAUCCAGAGACAACAUACUAGAAAAUUAGAAAUCAUUUAGGUAUUUAUAUUUAACUUUUGUCAAGAUGGAAGCAAAAAUCUCUGAAUUUUGGUGUUGUAUGAAUAAGUCAUUUUGGAAGAAAUCCAAAGUUCAGAGACAAAUGUUUGCCUGCCCUGGUUGAAGAAUAUUGUUACGUCAGUGAAAACAUGAGAGAGUUUACACAAGCUUAGGAAGCCCUCAAGUCGCCUGUCAUAGAGGCCAGUCGUCUGAAGGUGCAAAGUCCAUGUUUGGCAGCACCUAACAGAACGGUGAACAGGUCCGCCUCCUCACUUGAGGAUGCAGUAGACCUCUCAAAAGGGAAUAGAAAAGCGAGCUCCCUAAACUGCCAUGUCAUGGUGUGACAAUGGAUCAUCUUCAAAGACAGACAUGAUUAGUUACAGAUGGGUCAGAAUCCUUCCAAUCCCAAGUAACUAACGCCAACGGCAUCUCAGGGGAAAACCAAAACAUGUAGGACAACUUUAGAGGGACCUAAAUGGCUGCUUUGGGUGAAAAUACUCAUGUACAGGAAAGCCUACACCUGCUUCCCCAAGAAGACGGGAGAUAGAAAGAGUAUAGGAACUGAAGGACCAGGGGGGAAUAAAAGAUGCUUGAAAAGUAACACACAGGAAUGAAACAGGCUGUAAAAGAUAAAGGGAGCCCUUAAAAUCUCUGACUGAACCUUUGCUGCAGGUGGUAAGUUUUCCUUCUCUCUUUAGAGAAGAUCACACAGGUGAUGGCCGCGUCCCCCUCGCAAAGAAAGGAGGAGAGCUGUGCCCUGCGGCCACAGGGAUCCAGAGGCACAUUCAGGUUCAGUUCAGAUUUCAAAGCAGCCAACAAUGAAUAUCUACACCCACUGUAGGACAGCCAUU